AUGGCCCCACGAGCUCGCUCUUCAGCAGCAUGCGAUACGUGCAGAUUGCGCAAAACCAAGUGUGUUUUACGGCCCGGCGAGGAGCGCUGCAUUCUCUGCGCGUUCCAUGAGCUAGAAUGUGUAUUCGACCCGGACGGCCCCCGCCGCAAACGACAGCGCCGACGGCGUAGCACACAGGAUGGGGCUGGACUAGUGGAGCAGCAGCAGGAUACCUCGCAUACAGGCACAGGUCAACAUGUUCAGCAAAGACGACACCACCAAGAAACGCUUGCCGAGCCGGCGGCUUCGUCAAGGGAGACAUAUGUUGACUUGUCAUCACCCGAGAGCAGCCGAGAUCGAAUCAGCACCCCUCCCGCUGCAGCGUACCCCAGCAUUCUCAACGAAACCCUCGGCCUCGAUCCCGCGAACCAUGCUGAAUAUGUCGGCCCGAGCGACUAUAGAGACCCUCUCUUACUCGAUUUAAGGCUGAACACCGAGAAUAGCUCAAGUUUUGUCCGUCGAACGGACAAUCGUACUCUUUUCAUUGUCCACUCCGAUGAAGCAGCCGCCUCUGAUGCCAGGAGAAUCGCCGACGUGGACGCCAUUGAGGCUGUUGUUCACCCCCACGGCCCGAAUCUAGUCAACUUGUACUUCCGCUUUGUACACCCAAGUUUUCCUAUACUCCACAAAGAUGUUUUCAUUGCCAAACAUCGCGUGUCAUACCGCUACUUUACACCAUCACUGCUUGCUGCGGUGUAUUUGCUGUCCAUAGAAUGGCGAUUACAUGAUAGUGUGCUGGCCAGCAGCGACAUUCGUACUGGACCAGAUGUCACUGCCCUUGAACAGCUCGCUGAUGCCGCAAUUCAAGAAGAUAUGCGGACGCCGAAACUAAGUACCCUGGAAGCGGGCUUAUUGCUUUUGCAAAGACACAAGUUACAACUUGUCGAGCGGCCAGUAGCUUCGAUAUGGAGGUUGCACUCUCAAAUUGUUGCCAUUUCUCACGAGCUUGGUCUCCAUGCCGACUGUAGCUCUUGGUCAACCCCCGACUGGGAAGUUGGGCUACGGCGAAGAAUUGCCUGGGCGUUAUACAUGCAGGAUCGCUGGAUCUCGUUUGUGCACGGCCGGCCGGCGCUCCUCCAUGACGAUGACUGGGAUGUCCAGCCCUGUUCUUCAUCAGACUUUCCAGAAUAUCAUGACAAGCCGGAUGACUCGUCAAUAGGUACUAUAGCGGCUCCAACCGGUUGGCGACUUUUUCUCCGCCAAAUCGAAUUAUCUCAGAUUCUGUGUGAAAUCUAUCGUAUUUAUUAUGCAACAUCGGCAACCAGGCGAAACGGCUCUCUCGAUCAGAUGGGCGUCCGCGCCGCGGUAGAUCUUGCAAAACCCAUCAUUGCCCGGCUUUCUCAAUGGAAAUCGGCCCUGUCGCCAGAUCUGGCCUUUACUGCAUCGAAACCACGUACACUCUGUGCAAGCGCAUCUCUUCAUCUCGCAUACCACACUGUUGUCAUUGCAAUGUAUCGAGCCCUUGUGCGGAUACUCACACCAGAUACACCAGAAUCGUUGUAUACAGCCGUCCGUAGCGCUGCUAGGGACAAAUUACAAGCUGCCGUGCAGCUGCUGGGUUCCAUGCAGCCGGAACAUACAUCGGCGUUCUGGGGUAGUGUUGCUUCUUACCAGGUGGCUAUGAUAGGAGCCUUUGCCGGACUCUUGUGGGCCACGGCAGAGACUAGUGAGGAAAUAGCCUGGUGCGCCGCUCGCAUAGAUGAUCUGAAGUGGGCGUUGAGAGUCAGAGGUGCAGCUGCGCCUUUUGCUAGAGAGGCAUUGCAAUUGCUAGAGCAUGAGACAAGCGGUCUCAACGCUUUAAAGGCCACUUGA